AUGGAGAAAGCGUUAGCAUUUGGCAACAGCAACGCAAUCGGUGACUUCGAAGGCUUGCCUCAUCAUCUAGGCUCGGGCAGCUUGCCUGCUCUGCAAAGAAAUGUGUUAAAGGCAGGUGGCUCGAGGCACAAAUCUAAGAGACCUUCAGAGCACGAGAUGGCGAGGCAUCAGAAGAAACUAGAUGAAUUACGUUCCAGCCUUGAAGCUGUUGCUGAAGCAGUGAUUCUGGGGAGCGAUUUUAGACAGGCUAUAACUUGCGUCAACAGGGAUGUUGUCGCCUUAUCAACCUACAAGCACUCCGAGCAAGCACGGCUCAGUGAUUUCAUAUUCAGAAGGAUAGACAUAGAAUUUAAAGAAGUGCAUCAAGAGAAACUUGUCGAAAGACUACAAGAACCAUUUAAUACAAGAUUUUUCAUUGAAGAAUACAACUCGUGGGAUGAGAAACUAAUACAUCUUCUGAAACUUUUCGUCUACUUGGACAGAGUUUACUUGUUUCAACACCCAAAGAAGAAAACCAUUCGUGAGCACGGCCUUCGACUUAUUACAGAACUUUUCCAUAAUGAUCAAGGUAUGAGGUUCCCUGUUAUAAGCCAGAUCGUAUCGAAGUUGCAUUUGAGAAUUAUAUACCCCAAGGCAGGCGAGGAGACGCCGACCUACGAAGAACUCGGCCAAUUUGUGGAAUUCCUUCAACAACUCCACUUUGAUAAACAGAAAUCUGCCCCUAUCGAUCUUCUUCAGCUGUUCGUCUCUAACUACAUGGCUUGCAGAGAGGACUGGUGGGAGGACUCUAAGACUUACGUUGCAGUGGUCUUUGAUAAUUUAAGGAACGAUAUAAGGUUUUUAAAGCUGCUUGAACGCAACGAUAUUGCCGCUUCUCUAGCAAGAAGAGUCUUGGACGGAAUAAUAAUACCAGAACUCUCCGAAGUUUUAGCUGCAUGCAUGCCAUAUCUUUUUGAAGCUAACAAAGCUGAAGAUAUUGGGAUUUUGACAAAGUUUCUUCAUGCGGAACAAGUUUCCCUGCUGGUGGAUUAUGUGAAACAGGUUCUUUACCAUUUUGGUAACUAUAUCUCAACCAAAACAAAGGAACUCUUGGAUGCUAGCUCGAAGCUGGGAACCAACCCUUUAACAGAAAUAGUGGCUGCGAGAGGCAGGUACAUGGGUCUUUGCCAAAACCUUCGCUACUAUCCAGCGGAUGAAUUUGAUUUUGAGGUCAGAACUGCGAUGUCUAACGUUCUAUCUCUUCCAAAGUAUCAGAGCUUUUGCGUACAGACUUUCUCCAAAUACUGUGAUGCUUUCUUCAAACUGAAGGAUUCUGAUUUCAAUUCUUUCCAUACCAAUUUACUGAUAUUUUUCAAGCUCGUGCAAAAUAAGAGCAGAUUUAUCAGCACUUACGAAAGGGAUCUCUCGAAGAGAUUACUCUUGGGUAAGUCGUUUAACUUUCCAUUAGAGUUUAAGACCGUGGACGCUCUACUCUCUGAGGUAGGUGAAAGUCUUGAUGGCUCCAACCUCAGAGCAAUGAUUGAUGACGUUAAGAAAUGUGACUUGAAUUUUAGGUCCACGGUCGAUGACAUCGAGUUCUUCCCUCUUGUUUUGAAGAAGUCUAAUUGGCCAGAAAUUCCCAAACCUGCGACUGAACUUAAGGUACCUCCUUAUCUUGAAAAAUUGUUGAGCAAUUUCACUGAUCAAUUUCGUGCCAGCACUUCUAAAGGCAAGUAUCAAAACCUUGAUUGGAGCAACUAUCUCUUGCAUCAAUUAACGCUUCUGGUAAGCUUUGAUAAAGGUUCCAAGGACGUACAAGUGAACCUUCUCCAAGCAAUUGUUAUCCUUGUAUUUUCCGAGCAUGAAAGCAUUUCUUUCGACGAGUUACAGGGUGAGUUGGGACUAGAGGAGAAACUUCUAAGGAGAGUCAUCGCAUCAUUGAGUUCCCAGAGAUACCCUCUUUUGCGGAAAGAGAAGGACGUCUAUCAGUUCAAUUACGCUUACUGGGACAAAUCUUCCAAGAUUCGCCCAGUAAUGGCAAGAGAGAAAGACAAUGUUGUCGAACAAGCUCUCAAGAAGGCAGAUCAACAGAACAGAGAUGAUGAAGUCAAGGCAGCAAUCGUUAGGAUUUUGAAAGGGAGUGGUACAAUGCUAUAUCCUGAGCUCAUGGGACAGGUUUUGAUGCAGUUGAAAGCACGUGGAGAUGUGCUGAUCACUGACAUCAAGAAGAAAGUGGAAGGAUUGAUUACAAAUGAGUACAUCAAACGUUCUGAAGACGGCCAAACGCUUAACUACAUUCCAUAG